UUUUGACAAAACUUUGAAAAAGUUUUAUGGACACAUCCAGAAAGCACAAGAGGGCAUGUUUGGUAGUGGCAAAGACGGAGCUUUAUUUCUGGCAGUAUAUCGAGGAAAAGCAAGUGAAGGCAUCGAUUUUAGCAACAAUAACUGUCGCGCCGUCGUGGCUCUCGGCAUACCGUAUCCGAACAUGUGAGUCAGCGAUCCGGGCGAGCUGAGCUAAAGAUGAUUCAUUUAUCAUUGCUAUCGUUUGCAGAAAGGAUAUCCAGAUCAAAUUGAAAAAAGAGUACAACGACAUGAGGAGGAAGGAAGACGUAGAUUUGUUUCCAAUGAAACCUCCGGAAGAUCGACCAUUAACUGGAAGUGAAUGGUAUGACAUUCAGGCUUAUCGUGCUAUCAACCAGGCCAUUGGAAGAUGUAUACGACACCGGAACGACUGGGGCGUUAUUAUACUUUUGGAGGAGCGAUUCCAUAAUAACGAGUAUGCCGGCUUGAGGAACCGCCGAGGGUUAUCCAAAUGGGUGCGUGAAUUGUGCGUUCAAAAUCCUGGCGAUUUUGGUUCAGCCAUGAAAGAACUCCAGUCGUUUGUUCGUCGUCGUAUCAUGAUCGAUCAAGGGCUCGCCGUCGAGGAGGAAGAGGAAAAAAAAGAAGAGCAUGAUGGAAUGCUCAGCGAUGCAGAUCUAAACACUGAUAUGGCGGCAGAGAUGCACACAGAUAUGGACGCGGACAUGAAACCGAUGAUGGAAAACGGAUUCACAGGUACUCUUGCUGCUGGACAGGGACUAGCUGCAGGCUCUUCUCCAAUCGAUGAUCGCGGCGAUCCUGAAAUCCACCAUUUCGACGGGUCGCGACAGAGUCUCGAAUUUCACAGCCCUGGCUCUGUAGCUGUGAAGAUGGAAGAUGCAACCGACGCUCUCAGAAAAACGACAUCCCCAAGCCUUGUUCAAGGACCCAUCAUGUCUCAAGGAGCUGUCUCUCAAUUCAAUCAGGCCGUUCUCUCUCGUCACUUUACCCCGAUCACCAAUGAAUGUGCGAUGAUACAAUCCGAAGCGUCUCAAAGACAGAUUGAGUCACAGCGGAAUACCGGGUCUCAGACGUUGGUCCAGUCGCAUCAAUCUGCCAAAGACACAUCGGCCAGCUCUCAAGAAUCUUGCCUUCCUUAUACCGCCAUCCAACGCCAAAGCCCGGCAGAAACGCAAAGUUCGAUCGAGUCUCGUGCCAGUUUCAAUUUGCGCAAUUCGACGGUUUCGCAGCCACCGAUAUGUCAUGAAUGCCAUCAUCCUACUCAGCCGAGUCAAGUUCAUAGGUCUUCCCAAACAAGUGAGCCAAGGCACUCUCCACCGUCCCGACCGUCUCAAAGUUCUCAGUCAAUGUCUUCCGGUCGACCUGGUAUAGUAUCUAGCCAGCAUGAUUCGGAGGAUGACACCACGUACAUGUUGAAUGAUACCCUGAUUGACGAUGCUAUACGGAACGAAGCAUGCGAACUAUCCGAUUUGCAGCUGGCGACUUCCUUGCAAGCUCCAGACGCGAGUCCUCGGAGCGAGUUCCCUGACGACGUGUAUGACGAUCCGGCAAUGGACGCAUUAAUUGCUUCAUCAUUCGCUAUUCCCGAAAGUAUGCCCCUUCCGCCAUCCUCUUCAACCACCAGCGUGCCGCCGACAACCAUCCAGAAAGACCAAUCUGUGAAGAUACUGUGUAUAUAUUGCGAUUCUACUCUGUGUAUAAAUGCUCAAUGCGCUUCCGACAUUACCCAAACCAAUUCUCCUCUUCAGUAUAUCAAGGAUUUAACCGCGAAAUGGUGUGGCCGUCCCGUUAAAACAAGUACUUGCCGCGUGUUUGAUCUUCACUCGCCAGCUUCAUGGAGUUUUGAACAAUUUGCGGGGAUCCGGCACUUGGACCCCACCACUGGGUCCGGCAACUGGGAUGUGCAAUGGCAAAUUGAAGAUAAACUAUGCUACAAGCCUUUGGUGCCUACCUGUUGUGAGACGAGGCGGUCUAAACCGAUCGGUGCACUCAUCUGUACGGCGACGUCCGGUGCUCCUCCCUCGGUGAUUGAUCUCGUAGGGAAAGUAUAUCUGCUGGAAGACGCUGUGUAUAUCCAGUCGGACGCUCCAGUGUCCUGUCCUAGCAUCUCCCCUGACCAACAUCACGGUCACGCGAGUCAUACCACCAACGUGGAUCAUUUCAGAAGUGACGAGUGUAUACCACGAGGAAAGUUGAAUGAUUUAUUUUACGACCUGGUAUAAGUUGCCCUUAUAAGUUGCCCUGCUUGUAUUUGUAUGUGUAUUUGUACAUAUCCAUCUUUCUGUGGUUUCACCCCCGCCACCCUCCACCCGUUACCAUAGCAGCACAUACUGUAUCCAAAAAAAAAGCACAAUAUGCGGCCCACAAUUCCAUCUGCUAUACCUAAACUCUCGUUUAUGUUUUUUCAUUUGAUAUUUGUUUUGAUUGUAAAAAAGGAAAGAAUUGUCUCCAUAUGACAUUCCGAAUACAACGUUUGAGUAUCGAUACUGAAAGUAUCGGCGUUGAAUUCAUGGAAUCGAAAUGGAGGUACAUGUAUUCUAGUAUCUGUAUGACUCAUUCUUUAUCAACGAACAGCUAAACAAAGGCUCAGUGGGAAGGGGACCCAAAGGUCCAAUUCCCUGACAAAGGAUCUAAGGCAG